AUGCGAGGAAAUAUAACUUACCAACAUGUUCCGAAGUGGCAAAUUUUAAUAGUCCAGACUCCUACAGAUGAUGAUGUGUACAGGGAUAUCAUAUUUGAACCUAAGGAAAAUGGUUAUUCUAUAAUCAAGGAGAUACACCCAUGCUAUAUGCCUAUGCAGUUUCCUAUUUUAUUCCCUCGGGGUGAGGAUGAUUAUAACGUUGAUACUGCAUACCGUAACGUAAAUAUGGGAAAAGAUGGUGUACUCAGAAAGCGGCAACAACUUACUAUGAGAGAGUAUUAUGCAUUUAGGCUACAUCGGAGACUCGUAGAGGGACAAACUUUGUUCAACGGUGGUCGUCUGUUCCAGCAAUAUUGUGUUGACGCGUAUGCAUGUAUUGAAGAAUGUCGACUUAAAUGGGUCAGGAAGAACCAAGAAAAAAUAAGAGCUUAUUUACACUGUGGAUUGAAAGAUUCACUGCUAAAGGGAGAUUCAUCUAUCAUAAAAGGGAAGAUAAUUGUGAUGCCAUCAUCAUUUACCGGCGGACCAAGGUAUAUGAUGCAGUACUAUCAAGAUGCCAUUGCAAUUUUUCGACGUAUUGGUGUUCCAGAUCUGUUUAUAAUAUUCACUUGCAAUCCCAAAUGGAAGGAAAUUACAAUGGCUCUAACACCAGGUCAGCGACCAGAGGAUCGACCAAAUAUUGUUGCGAGGGUAUUUAAGCUAAAACUAAAGCAUCUGAUGGAGGUUCUACGUACAAAAAAACAUUUUGGGAAAGUGAAAGGAGCCAUUUACACUAUUGAAUUUCGGAAAAGGGGGUUGCCGCAUGCCCAUAUACUAUUAUUUCUGGAAAAGAAGGAUAAACCAGAAACUCCGUCCGAUGUAAACAGAAUUGUCACCGCUGAAAUACCUGACAAGGAGAAGGAUCCUGAUGGUUACCAAGCUGUUGUGAACUACAUGUUGCAUGGACCAUGUGGAGUAUUAAAAGAGGGUUCACCAUGCAUGAAAGACAAAAUGUGUUCAAAACAAUACCCAAAAGAGUUCAGUCGCGAUACUAACGUUGACAAAUAUGGGUAUCCAGUUUACAGAAGACGCGAUAACGGUAGGACUGUAGUUAAGGAUGAUAUCGAGUUGGAUAAUACAUGGGUGGUGCCUCACAACAGAGACUUGAUCGUGCAGUUUGAUGCACACAUAAAUGUGGAGGUGUGUAAUUCAAGAGGGGCAUUACUUAAGUACUUAUUCAAGUACAUUAACAAGGGUAAAGAUCGGGUGACAGUUGUAAUCGAGAAAGAUCCAGAACGCAGCGAAGAUUCCGGGGAAGAAGAGGUAUUGAUUGACGAAAUCAAUAACUACUUGGAUUGUCGUUAUAUAUCUGGAGCAGAAGGGUGUUGGAGGAUUUUUGAUUUCGACAUUCAGUACCGUGAUCCAUCCGUUGAGCGUCUUCGUUACCAUUUGGAAGGUGAACACCAAGUAAUAUUUUGUGAUACAGAUGAAUUAGAAGAUGUCUUAGACAUCCCAAGUGCGAAAUGCACAAAAUUUUUGGAAUGGUUUGAAGCAAAUAAGAGGUAUCCGGAGGCAAGGGAUAUAACUUAUGCAGAUUUUCCAUCUGAAUUUGUUUGGGACAAAACUAUUAAAUAA